AUGGUACGAGAAGCGACGGGCGCUGGUGUGGGGCUGAAGGUGCCGAAAACCGUGAAUGGAAUCAAGGACGAACGUGUGACGCUGCCCGCCACGUACGACAGUACUGAGACCGUCAUAUCCAUUACCUGGUCCAAGGUGGUGGGAGGGAUGGGCGGCGAAAGAAAGAUGGUCUACAUCUACUCUCCCAACCUGGAAUAUUCCCAUGGUCCUUUGCUUCGUCGCGCACGGCUUGUCGGGAAGGCGUCACUGGAAAUCAACGAAACCAAGCUAGAGGAUGAGGGUCUUUACGUCAUCACGGUUGUACUGAACAUUGUCGGUCAGGAGGAGAAAUACGUGCGGCUCAACGUUAUGGUACGUCCGACGGUUUUGGUCGGGCCCGAAGACCCAUACAUCGUCCGCUGGGACACGUCAGUCAGUCUAACCUGCACAGUUGUCAACGCCAAGCCUAACAUCACUUCCCUACGCUGGGAACGGAAUGGCGUCUCUCUGACAUCACCCAGUAAGAAGUAUGGCGGUGGCAGCGCCAUGUUACCUACACUCAACAUACAUGACGUCACCAAAAUGGAUGCAGGGACAUACGCAUGCGUGGUAGAGCACGUGACCGACACAGUGAGAGCUGGACUGAGGCUACAAAUCCUUUAUCCAGCAACCAUUCAGAACAUAUCUAAAUCUGCCACCGUGGACUUCAGUGGUUCUAUCAAGGUCAAGUGUUUCGCCGAAGGAAACCCUGAGCCGGAAGUGACGUGGUCUAGGGCAGGGACGACAUCACUUCCCGGCAUUCAGCUGCGAGAGAACGGCGCCAAUGUCUUAUCACUGUCUAACUUACAGAAGAACGAUAGUGGAGAAUACACAUGUACGGUCACCAACGGUCUGGGAGUAGCGCAGUCGAAGUCAACCAGGAUAACAGUUAAAGGUAAGAAACAAGAUGAUGAGGAAGCGUCAAAUUGCUUAAGCUACUACGUGUGA